UUAUUGCGUUACCUACAUGCAAAUGGAGCAUCAAUAUUUUUUCUAUUUUUAUACUUACACAUUGGACGUGGGAGCUAUAUGUCAGCGAAUACUCUAAUACUUUUGAUUAUCUUUGAAUACUUACAUUUACAAACUAAUUCAAUUUAUUAA